GCGUCGCUGCUAGACAUCGACCAUUUCAUCGCUGCAGGAGCUUUAAAUCUCACUGGAGCGACCCAUUUAAAAGGCCGCCCAUUCGGCCACGCUGUCACCUUCAUCAUCGCAGUGGCAGUGUUGGUUAGUCGGUAUUCAAGAAAGUACCAAGCUCGGACGAGACGCUACCGAGUGUGCUUCAUCGUCGUGGCCUGGUUGAGUCACCAGCUUCGGGACGGAAUGCGGCGUGGCUUGUGGUUUUGGCCAUUGGGGUCAACACCUCCGAUCAAUUAUUUCCUGUAUUUGUUUAUGGAGGAAGCUCUGCCUUUUGUGAUGGCAAAAUGGUGGAGUAAAGCUCCACCUUUGACGGAGAUGGAGAAGCUGGAGCUUGCGUUGCAAAAUGUAGAUGAAGAAUCAGAUGAGUCUGAUGAAGAGGAGAAUGUCAGUGAUCAAGAAGGAGCGAGGUUGCUUACAAAGGAUUCGAAGGAACGUCCGUCUUCUCCGACAAGUCCACGACGGAAACACAGUGAUCUUGUUGUUUAGAUUGAGACGUUGGUGCUCGAAAUGUGUAACAUCAUUAAAUUCUAUAUUGGC